AACAUGGUGGAAGAAAAUGGACAUCUCUUUGUGUUCCCUUGCUUGCAAAUAUACCUCUUUUUGAAAUGUAACACUGCUGCAAACCUGCUCUUAGCAGGACCAUAUACAAAGAGUCCACAAGCGCAUCAUGCCAGAGGAUCGGAGCUGAGAAUUAUUCUGGUGGGCAAAACAGGAACCGGCAAAAGUGCUACAGGGAACAGCAUCCUUGGGAAGCAAGCGUUCGAGUCCAGGCUGAGCGCCCAGCCCCUGACGAAGACCUGCAGUACAUGCCGGGGAAGCUGGGAAGAGCGAGAGGUGGUGGUUAUUGACACACCAGAUAUGUUUUCUGGGAAGGACCCCUCUGAGUCCCUGUACAAAGAGGUACAGAGGGGCUACUUACUCUCCGCACCAGGGCCCCACGUGCUGCUCCUGGUGACACAGCUGGGCCGAUUCACCACCGAGGACCAGCAGGCUGUGCAGAGGGUGAAGGAGAUCUUUGGAGAGGAUGCCAUGAGGCACACAAUUGUCCUCUUCACCCGCAAGGAAGACCUCAAGGGAGGCUCCCUGAAGGAUUACAUCCAUGGCUCAGAUAACAAAGCUCUGAGCGAGCUGCUGGCAGCGUGUGGGGGGCGAGUGUGUGCCUUUAAUAACCGUGCUAAAGGGAGCGAUCGGGAUGAGCAAGUGAAGGAGCUGAUGGUCUUGAUCGAGAGCCUAGUGAUGGCGAGAAGGGGUGACCACUACACCAACAGGCUGUACAGCCUGGUAACAGGGUCAGAAUGUGGAGCUGUGCAGUCAGAGGAAAGAGCACAGGAUUUCAAAGGGAGCUUUAUAAAGUACAUGGAAACUCAGAGGCGUUGCACAACCACGGCCAGAGCAAACUGCCUACGAGAUGCCCUCCUCCAUACAGUGAUGUGUAUUGUGUUGUGUGCUCAGCUUUUUGCCAGGUUGCUAAUUCUGUUAUUUCGUGUAUUGCACAGAAUGUGCAAUUUCUUUUGCCGCUUACCGUUUAAUAUGUGCAGUUUAUUCUUUAGCUUACUCUUAAUUAUACCCCAAAAAUUAGUGAUAAUUUUUAGAAAGGCCAUUUAG